UGAAAAAUAAUCAAAAUUUGACACGGCUGAUAGAAAUCACAUUAUUAUUGGCCUUAAUCCCAGCAGUCCUGGGUUACUAUGCCAACUACAAGGAACAUUGGAUUCUCAGUUUACUCUGUUACUUGGGCUCAGUAUUUGUCCUGACAGUACCUAUGGGUGCUUAUGUCAUGGUAAAACUAGUUCAACACUGUAUGCCCAUAAUACUUCGUAUCUUGGGUCUCUUAAACAAGCGAUUAAUGCCUAUUGCUCGAAGCAUCUCACACACAAAAAUCAUUGGUCCUCUCAUCAACUUGUUUAUCCGUACCCAGUUUUUCUUUUGGUUUGUGGGACUCAUGAUGUGUGAUCAAUUGAUACGUAUUGUCCUGGGUCGAUUUGCUGGCCAGCAUACAACACAUCGCUAUUUGUCCUUAAUCAAUGUAGGCGACUUGCGUUUUUUUCCCCAGGACAACUUGCAAGACACAACCAAAUCAAGACUACUUGACUCGAAUUAUGGAAAGAGUAAUCCUGAUUUUAAACGUCCUGAAUAUUCAUUAUCAAUCGCACAUACUCUUUCAGUUGCAAGUAAAUUAGCCUAUGAAGAUGUUGCUGUUGUGAAAUAUGAGUUGGCAUCGGCAGGCUAUGAUGUCGAAAACACAUUUAAAGCAAUUGGAUACAAGAACGUAUGUGCUUAUGCGGUGGAAAAAGAAAAUGCCAUCAUGGUUGUAUUUCGAGGCACAAACCCCUUGAACAUUCAAAACUAUGUGACUAAUAUUGAUGCUGGUCUAACCAAAAUUUCAUCAAGAGCACAAGGCUAUAUGGGAAAAGUUCAUAAAGGAUUUUGGGAUGCAAUGGGAGCUACAGAAUCAACAGAGUCAUUUCCUGAUUCAUUUGAUUCUCAUAUUCAGAUUGAUCUAAGCAGCGCAUCACUUUCCAAGUCUAUUACUUCCUCUAUGAUUGGCAUCCUGAGGAUCAUCAAGAUGCUUUCCCUAAAUAUUUUCACCAAUGUCAUUGAUCCGAUAGAUGCCAACUGGGCUGGUCAUGAUUCAGCCAUUGUUCGCCAUCAAAGCACCUAUACUCAAGCUGAACAUCAUAUUUUACAGUUGAUCCAUGGUAACAAACAAAAAAAAUUGUAUGUUACUGGCCAUUCUUUAGGUGGCGCACUUGCUACAGUAUUUGUAGCAAAGAUGAUACAAGUCCAAAGUCCUCUUAUGCAGCACUUUGCAGGUCUUUAUACUUUUGGUCAACCCAAUAUUGGCGACAAAGAUUUUGGUAAAUCCUUUACGCCUGAUAUCAACUGCAAGAUCUUCAAUCAUACGUAUAACAAUGAUGUUGUUCCUCGAAUUCCAUUUUGGUACAGUUCUCCACCAGGCACACUUGUGUUUAUUGAUUCCUCCUACAAGAUUUCGAUAUACCCGCCUAAUCAAAAGACACAAGACCCUAUUCCUGUUCGACCUAUUUCUUACUUGCAUCUUUCAGGUCUCUUAAACAAGUCUGUGAUUCGUAGAUUGAGAUACGAAUCGUCCAUUCGUAUCUUAUUUCGUAUCUUGUUUCCCUUUUUUAUCAAUGAUCAUUUCCCAAGUGAUUAUAGUGAUGCCCUUUUGAAAGGCGAUGUUGAAUGGGUAAUUUUAGGUGAAGAAGAAGGAGGCAAUGAUAGUGAACAAGAGGAAGAACAAGAAAAAAUACAACCCAUGGGUUCAAAACGAUAUAGUGUACACAAGACAAAUGAAGUAAAAACAUAGCCAAUGAUCAAUAUUUUUUUUUUAGAAAACUGCAUUAAAAAUAACAAGAAAACGUUGUCUUUCCUACCAUGAUUGAUUGGCUAUCGAUUUAAUGAAGCCUAUCAACUU